AUGGGUGAAUGGAUGGAUUUCGUAAGAAAGACGUUUAAAAGCAACUCCAACUCCAACUCCCAUCUGAUAAGCACCUCAAGCGCCAACACCGACCAUCUCGUACGAGUACAGGUCUACACUCACAACAUAAGAUACGCCAAUACAAACUUGGUGGAAGGAGAAAAACCAUGGCUGACACGCAAGCAAGGGGUAAUCAACCUCAUCAAACAGCACACGGCGAAUCCACUUUUGCCCACCAUAAUCGGGCUUCAAGAAGUGCUCAUUGAGCAAUUGAAGGACAUUAUGGAUGGCUUGGGACCCAGCUGGAAAUACUUUGGCGUGGGCCGCAACGACGGAACAAGCCGCGGCGAGUUUGCCCCCGUCAUCUACAAUUUCCACGACUGGAUCUUGCUUGAUUCUAAAACUCACUGGUUGAGCACCACUCCUGACGUGCCAAGCAAGAGCUGGGACGCGGCGCUCAAUCGAAUCGUCACCGUUGUAGUGUUGAAACACCACCAAAGUGGCAAAGUUGUCAGUUUCUACAAUACCCACUACGACCACAAGGGCAAGUUUGCGCGCGCUGAAAGCUCGUUUUUGAUUGAACGGUUGAUAAGGCAAAGCGGAUACCAGAAUUGUGUCUUGGUGGGUGAUUUCAACUGCGAGGAGACCGAUCCGGGGUACCAGACGCUUUCCAUGUGUUUAAAGGAAAGCGGAAAACUGGCUCGUGUAGUUCAAGGCGAACGCAGGACAUGUACCGGUUUUCGAGGAAACGGUACGGGAUGCAUCGACUUUAUUUGGACCACGCCCAACGUUGCCAUACUAUACCAUACCACUGUUGGUCAAUAUUGCAACGGUUGUUUAUGUAGUGACCAUCGUCCCGUGCUUGCAGUUGUUGCAAUCUGA